CUUUCACCUCACCAGUCAAGUCAAAGUCUCUCUCAAAAGCAGCAAGAGCGCUCGCAAAGCACUGUGGCAAGCACCUCAGAGCAUCUCUCAUUCGCGCAGCGACUCGUCUGGCAACGUCUGUCUGACUGGCAUUUGAUCAGCCUGCAGUCGCGACAUGGCAGCCGUCUCGACACCGACGCCCGAACUGCCCUUCUCGCGCGCCGAGUACGCGCAUAUUUACGAGCCGGCAGAAGACACCUUUCUGUUGCUUGACGCCCUCGAUGCGGACGCUGCGCUGCUGCGAGAUGGGAGUCGGCGACUUUGCGUCGAGAUUGGGUCGGGGAGCGGCUGCGUGAGCGCAUUCGCAGCUGCCGUCGUUGGGAAGAAUGACUGUGCACACCUCUGCACCGACAUCAACCCUCAUGCCGCCUCAGCAACUGCACGAACAGGAAGCGCCAACUCCGUGGCGCUCUCACCGAUCCUCUCGCCACUCCUCUCCUCCCUCUCUUCCCGUUCUCGGGCCGCAGGCGGGUUGAUAGACAUUCUCCUCUUCAAUCCGCCGUAUGUACCGACGACCGCAGAGGAGGAGGCAGCAGCUCAAGCGGCGGGCGGGAUAGCGGGUGCCUGGGCGGGCGGGGCGACGGGCACGAAUCUGGUCGAGGCACUGCUGGAAGAUGGGCUUGAAACAAUCCUGGCGCCCGGCGGGCUCUUCUAUCUCCUCGCCUUGCGGGCGAAUGAUCCCCCUGCGCUCGUGGCGAAGAUGCAAGCGAAGGGCCUGCUCGCCGAGAUCGCGAUGCAGCGGCGAGCAGGUGGCGAGCAUCUCUUCGUCAUACGCGCUCAACGCCCACGAUGAGCCUCUCUCUCUCUCGCCCGUCGCCCUACUUCGCGCAAGCAGCUUCACAUGUCCACGAUUCAGCUGAUGGAGACGCAUUUAUUUCACCCGCUUCGGCGAG